ACUACUCUUUCUCAGCUGUAAGUAAGACCAAACCUAAGCUGAAAGCACCAUAACCAUUUGCUUUUCUUGCCAACAAUGGCUGAAACAGAGCAUACCCAUCAGCCCCCACUCACGGCUGAGGAAGAUAUCCUACCCCCACCUUCACCAGAACCACUUCUUGCUUCAGUUGAAGUUGAAUCAGUGGUAGAAGCUGUAGAGGAGCAUCACUCUGUUGUUACUGUUGUUGAAAAGGAAGCUCCUUUAACUGAACCUCCACAAGAACCAACAACAACAACUCUUGUUGAAGCUCAACACGUCUCUCUUACUCUUCCUGAGAAAGAACCUACUGAAUCUGACAAAUCUAAACCUGUUGAAGAGAAAAAGAUCCCUCAAUCUUUGAUUUCAUUUAAAGAAGAAAGCAAUAAAGUUUCAGAUCUAUCUGAUUCUGAGGUAAAGGCACUUGAAGAACUUAAAUUUCUUGUUCAAGAAGCUAUUAAAGAUCAGACCUUUACUACUGGAACAACAGAUUUGCCUCAGGAAGUAUCCAUUUGGGGUGUGCCACUAUUGAAAGAUGAUAGGAGUGAUGUUAUUCUGCUUAAGUUUCUUAGAGCUAGAGAUUUCAAGGUUAAGGAGUCAUUUGCUAUGUUAAAGAACACUAUUUUAUGGAGAAAGGAGUUUAACAUUGAAGAACUAGUAGAUGAAAAUCUUGGGGAUGAUCUUGAAAAAGUAGUGUUUAUGGAUGGUCAUGACAAAGAGGGACACCCUGUUUGUUAUAAUGUGUAUGGGGAGUUUCAGAAUAAGGAAUUGUAUAACAAAACAUUUGGAGAUGAGGAGAAGAGAAACAAGUUUUUACGCUGGAGGAUUCAGUUCUUGGAGAGGAGUAUAAGGAAGUUAGAUUUCAGUCCUGGUGGAAUCAAUACUAUAUUUCAAGUCAGUGACCUCAAGAACUCACCUGGUCCAGGGAAAAGGGAACUUCGAAUUGCUACUAGGCAGGCCUUGCAAUUGCUUCAGGAUAAUUAUCCGGAAUUCGUUGCUAAGCAGGUGUUUAUCAACGUCCCUUGGUGGUAUUUAGCUUUCUACACAAUGAUCAGCCCAUUCAUGACGCAGAGAACAAAAAGCAAGUUUGUAUUUGCUGGUCCAUCAAAGACUGCAGAAACUCUUUACAAGUAUAUAACUCCUGAGCAAGUACCUGUUCAAUAUGGGGGCCUCAGCGUCGAUUACUGUGAAUGCAAUCCCGAGUUCACUUCCAAUGAUCCAGUCACAGAGAUCAUUGUUAAACCUGCAACAAAGCAAACCGUGGAGAUCAUUGUAAAUGAGAAGUGCAUUAUUGUCUGGGAGCUACGCGUAUUGGGUUGGGAGGUGACAUAUAGUGCUGAAUAUGUGCCGAAUACAGAUAGUGGAUACACUGUGAACAUACAGAAGCCUAGGAAGAUGACCACAGCUGAUGAACCUGUUGUUAGCAGCAGCUUCAAGAUUGUUGAGCUAGGUAAGAUACUGUUGACGAUUGACAACCCAACUUCAAAGAAGAAGAAGCUUCUGUACAGGUUCAAGGAUAAGCCCUAUUCUGAUUGAGUGAGGUUCACUAAUGGGAUGACUGUGGAUAUGAAUUUUGACAUGCACACAUCUUUAUGUAUGAGGAGGUGAAAUUUGUGUUGAUUCACUUUGUUAGUUCAUGGAUAUUCUGGGUUGUUUGUUUAUUUUCAUAUUUUGUUGGGAUCUAUAUAUGAAUUUCUUCUUUGUAGCUGAGAUUGUACUGUCCUUAUUUUGACUUGAGGGCAAAUGUUAGUAACUUUGGUAUUUGGUUUAUACUUGAACGUGACGAUGUUGUAGGCUUCUAGCCAAGAAUGAAGAGUUUGAGUUGCAGCGGGUAU